UGUGCUUAGAUGCCUCCAGACCUAGUCUGAUUGAGAAGGCUAAGGAUGUGGGGAGCAUGGUCAGUUAGGUCUUUCCAGCUCUGGGAAGUGUGUCACCGCUGGUUCCCUCAUCUGCAAGGAUGCUGCAACUGCCAGCAGGUGCGACCAUGAUGAACUUCUACAGCGUUUUUCUGCUCCUGCUGCCCUGGGCUUUUGGGGUCAGGAAACUUCGAGAGAGCAUCCCACAGCAGAGCCUGACCUGUUAUAAUGACUACACUUCUCUUAUGACCUGCAUGUGGGAGGAAUGCUCAGAGGCGCAACAUUUCCUGAAUAUGACUCUUUACUAUAAUGAUGACACUGAAGACUCCAUUGUGAUCCCAUGUGAAUCCCACCAAGUGGAGGGACGCACUGACUGCCAGGGCUCACACACACACUGGGUGUGCCGCAAAAAUCACACCACUUUUGGAAUAGAACAGAAAGUUAUUUACAGUCUCAAACCCAACCAGGAGCUACAGACUGAACUGCGUGUCAUUCUCUUCCAGAAUGUCCAGCCACUCCCACCUCAAAACCUCUUCAUCAAUGUGACAGAAGGAGGUGACUUCUUGCUAGCAUGGGAAGCAGCUGGUGGGAUAAAUGGAAGCACCUGGCCAGACAACACACUAGAAUAUGAAGUGACCUACAAGAGGGACUGGGAAUCCUGGGAGAGUUCUUCCUCUGUGUUGGUCUCAAACACCUCCAAAUACCUCUUUAGACACAACAGCCUUGUACCGGGGAGCACCUAUGUUGCUUGUGUCCGAGCCAAGCCAAGCCAGGAGAGUAACUUUACUGGGCAGUACAGUGCAUGGAGCACAAAGGUGUCUUGGAAGACCCAAGCAGGAGAUGAUGGUCAUCCCAAGAAUCUCUGCUGCCUCUUCAAUGGUGUUGAUCGCCUCCUGUGCAGCUGGGAAGUACGGCAAGAGGUCACCAGCUCUGUCUUGUUCACACUCUUCUACAAGGUUACACAGACAUCAGAAGAAAAGGAAUGUUUGCCAAUUCACGAGAAGAAGUUGCCUAACAUCCCAUAUGUAUCUCAAAGCUGUGAGAUCAGCGUUACCAAUCCCAACCAUAUGUUCCAGUACAACAUAUCUGUCCGGCCCCAAAAGGUGGAGAUGCACAUUGAACCCUCCAAGCACAUUAAGGUGCCGGCACCUGUCAACCUGACGGUGACGAAAACAAACGACCAGGAGUAUGAACUGAGAUGGGUAAAACAUGCCCUACAUUAUAAAAGUACAAGACAGACCUAUGAAGUCUGGUACUGGAAAGCAAACCAGCCCUUGGAGAUUGCCAAGCCCACCAGCAUCAGCAUUGAUGAGCCCCCUUUGGUCCUUCGCCAGGGCAGUUUGGACCCAUUAACAUGCUAUAGGGCAAAAGUACGGGCAAGGGUGCGUGCAUCCUCUGCCUAUAAUGGCACCUGGAGCGAGUGGAGUGAGGAGUACACCUGGAAAACAGAGCACGUUUUGGCACCAUAUGUACUCAUAGUUAUUGCCAUAUUCUUCACCAUCAUGCUGGUAGCAGUUGGCUGGUACAGCUGUAAAUAUCUCCUCAGCAAGAAGAAGAAAUGGGAGGAAAAGAUUCCCAAUCCCAGCAAGAGUCGCAUGCUGCAGGGCUUCUUCCAGAAGGUAUCAUUAAGAAAUCAACUGCCCAGCAGCCUGCCAGACUUCAACAGGGAGAACCAUUUGGUGAAGGAGCAGGCCAACUCCCUGCAAUUGCUGGAUGGGGAGAAGAUUAUUUCAAACUCCCCAGGAGCUGAGGCAUCGAAGACUAAGUUGUCUUAUAUUGUGCUAGAACUAAAAAACCAGCAUCAGUUUUCUCCAGUGUCAAGUCCUGCUUCACUUCCUUCAUUCCCAUUUGAUAGCAUCUCAAAUCAAAAUACCAGUCAGUCCUCCUCACCAACACUGCUUACCAGUGUUGGUGCCACUAAAGCAGACACUGCCUCUCAAAAGCCUAUGACCAGCUUCAGUUAUAAUGGCCCAUACUUGUUCUUCCCUUCUGGUCAGUCGCAGACCAAUACCCACCAGGACCUUGGAGCUUCUCCAGUGAGAAUAAGGGAGAAACCAGUGUUCUUGGAGUAUGUGUCUCUACCACAGAAGGGCUAUUUCCAGUUCCCACUGUUGCAAAAGACAGGGGCAACUCACCUCUAUCCUUUUGCAUGUUUGGACCAGAAAGAGAAGAAGCAUCCAGUUGCUGGAGGGCAAGAUGCAUUACAAGACCAGCCGGCAGGUGAGGAAGAGGUGAAAGAGAAAAGAGAAGGUCAGAGGUCACCAAUUGCUGUCCCCGUUAUCAGCUCCUCCCAGAAAUGCCCAUUGGAGUACAUCACCACUGAAGGUCUGUGCUUGGUACCAGCAAAAGAAUCUGUCAAUCUCUCACCUUCCCUGGACCCUCAGGAGCAGAUGCUCACUACUGCUGGCACAUUAACUUCCAACUCCCAGCUGCCCCAAGCCACGGAUGACCCCUCCAGCCCAGCAUUGCCCUCUGGGAGGUCUGCUGUCUCACUCCCAGUUCCAGCUCAAGCAUCAGCCACUCCUCCUGGAUCACAGCAGCCUGAACUGGGAAGCAAUAUGACACUCCCACUCCCACAAGGCCUCCCCAAACGUAUCAGCCUUUCCCACUCUGCUUCACUGGAGGAGGUUGCACAAGAGAAUGAUUUGGUCACAUUUAACCCUGAUGGUGGCAGACCAGUUUUCCUAUACCAAGUGGGUGAAUAUUGCUUCUUCCCUGGCCUCAAACCCAGUGAGAAGACCCUCCUGAGUCAGAAAGCCUCCUUGGCUAGUAAGCUUUCAGAAGACAGUGGGGCAGUUGGAAAGCCUGCAUGAGAUGGAGGAUCCACCAACAGCAAUAAAGAUGAUGUGCUUUGCAUGCAGGCCAUUCAGCUUUUCAAAGCUCGGAAGACUGAUGAUUACUUUGGUGGACAGCAGCCUGCUGUGUGGGUCAGGGAACUGUGCUAAAGCUGAGAGGGUGGGAGGGGACAGACAAAUAUCAAGACACUAGGUGACUGAAUGCAACUGCAGCUAUUCAAGGAAUAUCAAUUCUGUUGUGUUCCCCAUCAUUCCACUCUCGCCACAAGAGAGGAAUGACAGUGGGCAGUUCUUCUCUUCAGGUCUCUACACUUCCAAAAUGAAUGAAAGACUUCAAAUAGCACCAGCUCCUCUUCCAUACUGGGUGUGUCUAUAUGUGCAUUUACUGCGCAGUAAGUGGUUUUUAUGCUGGCAUCUACAUGUGCAGGCAUUAUAGCGCAGUAACACUGUGUGUGGACUGAUUUGGGAUUAAAGUUAGUCCCAAGUCAGUCCACAUAAACAGGGUUACUCCACAUUAAGACAUCUCCAUGUGCCUUACUGUGCAGUAGCUAAUCGGGUAUAAAUUUGCUACCUGCAUCAUAUAGGUAGCAAAUUUAUGCCUAAGUCAGCUAAGUUGCUGUAGCUACUGCACAGUAUGGGUGCCUGUACUGCACAGUAAUUUUUGGUUACUGCUCAGUAACAGUGCAUGUGUAGACCUGCCCACUGUCAAUAUAAUUAUGUUGGGGAAUAAGCCACAUAUUCCCAUUUGGAGGAAUUUUCUGCAUUCACACAGCUCUUGCCCCCUUGCUACAAGCAUGUUAAUGUAGCCCUUCUGCCAGUGAUUAUCUUUCUAAAACUUAACUGUAUACCUUUUCCAGUUCUCGCUCAAGCUAGGGAAAUAAAUUAUAUUGCUUGAGUUCCUUCAAUGAGCCAUAUUUCCCAUUGCCAAGGAACAAGUCAAUGGGCACAGAACAAACAAAACCUUAUGGGAGAACAUGGGAUAAACCUGGGAAAACCAGACUAAUUAGUCACAAUAUUAGAUGACAGUCCUGAUCCAGGAUGUUCUGGAGGCAGCCUAACUAUAGUAUUCCUCUCAGUUGUGGAUGGCUAAUGAGGUUGUUCACCUCUUAUCUUUUCCAUUAAUUCCCUACCUGUAGUAUGCUGCCUAGGUUUGGAGGAGUCCAAACUCUUGGCAGGUCCAUCUCUUGUCUUUAAGGUAUGUGCUGAUCUGGGGGCUGACGGUACCUCCAAGCUUUGGUGCUAGGAAGGGAAGCACUCACUGGGGUCCUGCAGCAAAGCUAAUGCUCUUGGCAGCCUCAGUCCACCGAUUCUCAGUUCCACUCACCUCUGCAAUACCUCAGAAGUGCUCAUCAUCUCAUGACAUCUCUGUUCUUCAUCACUGUGCUGUUCACUUCCAUGUGAGGAAGAUGUCUGGUGGUAUGGUGCUUUUAACUUUGCUUUUGGUGGUUACAGGACCCAGACCUGAAGCUUUUAAUGGUUUAAAAUACUAUUUGCCCUGUAUUAAAUUGUAUUUAAACAAUUAAACCCAUAAUUAAGAGCUUCUGUGAUUUGAUUGCCUGCAGAUGCCAGGAAGAAACCUCUGUGUAAUUCCUCUUGAAGGCAUAACUUGGUUUGGUGGUGGCAUUUGGAGGCAGGCUGGUUUGUAUUAGUACUACUAGUGGCAUGAAGAAACUUCUCAGGUGCCUGGCUGGAAGGUCUGAUCCAUGUGCUCAA